AUGGCACUUGAUUCAGAUAACUCUUCAACACAGUUAAAAAUCACUGUGUUAGGAGAGUAUUUUGUAGGUAAAACAAGUGUUAUUAAUCGUUUUGUAGAAGGAACAUUUGAUGACUCAUAUUCAGCAACUUUAGGAUUUUCGUUUUUAUCCAAAGAACUAACGCAUAACAAUACAAAAUACAUAUUAAACAUUUGGGAUACAUCUGGUUCGGAGAGAUAUAGGUCCGUAGCGCCGAAUUAUUAUAGAGGAUCUGAUGGUUGUAUCCUUGUUUAUGAUCUUACAAAUCAUAAAAGUCUAGAAAGCUUAGAAUUUUGGUAUGGAGAAUUCAAAUCACUUGCUCAAAAGAAUGGAAUUCAGCAAGUUCCGGCAUUAUUAAUAGGAAAUAAGUCUGAUUUAGUAUAUGACAAGGAAAUUUUAUUAGCUGCCGAAAAAUUUGCUCAAGAACAUGAAAUUUCUAAAUCUCUUAUUACUUCAGCAGUUAAUGGCAGUAAUAUUGAUGAAACUUUCUUAGCAAUGGUUGAUUUAUGCAGCAGUCAUCAAAGAGAUCAAUUUGACCAGAUAAGUCUUACACUAAAUCAAAGAAAAAAGAGUAAUUGCAAUUGCUAA